AUGCCCGUCCGACUGCUCUCCUUGGUGUAUCUAUUUGACGUGUUGGAGGUCUCCCGAGGAGCAACCCUCAAGCUGGAUGUGCAGUACGAAGAUAUGCCUCAAUACGGCCCCGGAUUGUAUCAUACUCUGGUCGGCGAGAAUGGCCAGAAGCUACAUGCUCUCGUUGACACUGGAUCGGGUUUCUCUUUCUUCAUCUGGAAGGAUUGGUACGAGAAAGCCAGUGGGCACUCCUGCAGUACUUGGCCCAUGGGGUGUUACGAAUGCUCGGCGCCUUGCUCGGUGGGUAAAGUUACGGGAACUGCUACUUUCAUGGACAAAUACACAGUGAAUUUUUCUCAGCACAAAUCGAAACUAACCAUAGGUCAGGUGUCGCAGCUCCUCACUUUCGGGCUGAUAUCCGGUCAGAAACCUCCCGUCAGUGAAGCUCCUCCGACUAACUUGUUGGGUCUUGGCUAUGAUGAAGGUGAUGUGAACUUCCCGUCUCUGAUGACGCAGUUGCGAUCAUCAAAAACUAUAACGACCGGGAUCAUUGCUCUCUACUUGUAUCCUGCCGCUGAUCCCAUGGAAGCAUCGGCUGAUGGAGGCCUACUUCUGGGUGGAGGCGACUCUGCAUUAUAUGAGGGUGCAUUGAAGUAUGUCGACUUUUCUACGGACGAAGGGUACACGGUUAAUAUUGACAAGCUACAAGUCGGUGAUGGACAUAUAACUCCUGGAAUCAAUAUGAACUCACACCUCGACACCGGCGCCAAUAAACUAUACGUCCCAACAUCACACCAUGACGAUCUAAUCAAGGAUAUUAGAACUCAAACUGACAAAGCUGCGGGUAAGCAUGUCGGCUUUAAGUUCGACCUAAUGAAAGAGCAAUGGUACUUCCCUUGCCAAUACAUGAGCAAGUUGCCGCCGUUGAGGUUUUACUUGGGUCCUCAGGGCACAACUCCGUUCACGAUGACAUAUACAAACUAUGCCAUGAAUCGAAAUGGUAUAUGUGUACUCACUAUCUCAAAAAACGCAGAGAAUAAUUGGAGUUUCUCCGAUCGUAUGCUGAUUGGGAAUUAUUUUGAGUUCGACCCUACUCUUAAACGAGUCGGAAUCGGCAAGCUGAAACCGCGAUCUCUAUGA